ACGAGAUCAUUGUCAUUGUCCAAGUCAACGCUAAAAAAAAUGGCAAAUAGCUGCUACCUUGCCCAGCACUAUGAGGAUCAGGUGCGUCCUUGCAUUGACCUGGUGAACUCCCUGAUGUCUCUGGGAGUGGAGCAGGACUUGUCUCUGCCUGCCAUCGCUGUCAUAGGAGACCAGAGCUCAGGGAAGAGCUCAGUGCUGGAGGCGCUCUCUGGGGUGGCACUGCCCAGGGGCACCGGCAUUGUGACACGCUGCCCACUGGUACUGCAGUUAAAGAGAGACAGCAAAGACGAUGCUUGGUCUGGGGUGCUUUCAUACGAGGGAUACGAAGAGAAACUUGAAGAACCAAAAGAGGUCGGAGAUGCAGUCAUCAGAGCCCAGAAUGCUAUUGCAGGUGAUGGGAAAGACAUCAGUGACAAGAAAAUCAACCUGGAGAUCUAUGCCUCCAAUGUUCCAGAUCUGACUCUCAUUGAUCUGCCAGGCAUUACUAGAGUUGCCAUAGGCAACCAGUCCGACAAUAUUGAAGAAAAGAUUAAGAAACUGAUAGAGGAAUACAUCAAACAGCAAGAGACCAUAAUUUUGGUGGUGGUGCCAGCAAAUGUUGACAUCGCCACCACUGAGGCUCUGCGGAUGGCUAAAAGAGUGGACCCUGAUGGACAAAGGACUCUGGGCAUCCUGACGAAGUCAGAUUUGGUGGACAAAGGUGCAGAAGAGGUUGUUGUCAAAACUCUCAACAAUCAUGCCAUCAGGCUGGAGAAAGGGUACAUGAUAGUUAGGUGUCGUGGCCAGAGAGACAUCAUGGAGGACAUGUCUCUGGACAUAUCUCUUAAGAAAGAGAAGGAGUUUUUCUCAAAUCACAAGAACUUCCGCAUUUUCCUGGAUGAAAGAAAAGCAUCUAUUCCUCACCUGUCGGAGAGAUUGACCAAGGAACUGGUGUAUAACAUCAGCAGGUCCCUUCCACUGCUGGAGAAACAGGUGAUUGACAAACUGGAGCAGAUAUCUACACAGCUGAGGAUGCUGGGAGAUGGAAUUCCUGAAGAUGAAGCUGGUAGAGUUAAAUUCCUCACUCAGAAAAUUGGUGAAUUUAACCAGCUUCUCACAGAUGUGGUCAGAGCAGAGGAGGAUCUAGAGGAUUCUGACACCAGGAUUUUUACACAAUUUCGCAACUUAUUUAGUGUUUGGAAGGCAGAACUUGAUGAAAAGGACAAACGAUUGAGAAAGAAAAUAGAUGCAGCGGCCAUGAAGGAAUAUGCCAAAAGUCACAGGGGAAAAGAGCUGCCAGGCUUUCUCAACUACAGGAUAUUUGAAGACCUUGUCAAGGGACACGUGAAGGAAUUGGAGGUCCCAGCAUUAGGUCUUCUGCAAAGUUGUAAAGAUAUCAUUUGCGUGAAUUUGAGUGAGAUCACCACGAGGUUCUUUGAGAUGUACCCCUACCUGAUGAGGCAAGUCAAGCAUAACCUGGAGAUCUUGAGGGACCAGGAGUACAAAAGGGCGGAGGAGAAACUGAAGUCCCAGUUUGCCAUGGAGAAAAUGGUCUACUCGGAAGACGGCCUCUACAUUGAGAAGUUCUUAGCCGUCAAAUCAGAAACGGAAGCAGACAGGAAGUCAAACGGGAAAGAUUCCGAUUUUGAUGGGACGACUCAACACCUGAGAGCCUACCUUAAAAUCACAACAGAUCGCCUAGCCAAUCAGGUGCCCCUGAUCGUGCUUCAUCACAUGCUGGACCAGUACAUUGGGCAGAUGAAGGAGGCCAUGAUGGGAAUUUUAACACACAAGAAGUUUGAGAAGUUUACAGAGGAGAGGUCUGAUGUUGCCCAGGAGAGGAGCUAUCUCCGGAGCAGAAUGGAACGCCUCAAAAAGGCCAGACAAGCUCUCAACAGCUUUGUCGCAGUUUAA